GUCAGACGGAAUCGACACCUCGAUAUCGACGACACAAUCCAUUUACAAGUAAAAGACAAAAAGACAGAGAAGAAAAGUAUCAUUCAAGGCACAGUAGUUAUGGUCUUAAUGAACCAUGGACCUGGUACGACAAGUGCACCAAAAGAAAUCGUAACCAUGGUAGGUUAUAGCGAUAGACCCUUUCAGGCAUCAGAAUCUGUUUGACCGUAAAUCCUCUGUUAAUAUACUCCUCUCAAAUAAAAUCCCCUUCUCUAUAACCCCUGUUUUUAGACAAUAAUAAGCCCACUUCUCUUCCACACCAAGACACCUCCCUCCUCCCCGUAACAAAAGAAGAAACACAGAUUAAAUUAAUCAUGUUAAUGUUUGUCAUUCACACUAAUAAGUUAAUUCGGAAUUUCCACUGCGCAUCCAAAUCACGCAUUGUGUGACAAAUUGAAAAUGUUCUUCAAUCUUUUUGCUAAGGCAAGGUUCUGGGCUCGUUCUCCAAUAAGACAUUUCGUUCACGUGACAUGGAAAACCACAUCCUGUGUAAUAGAUAACUUGAAUGUUGGACUAAUUUUUGUUCUUGGCAAAAAAAAGUAAAUUCCUGUAAAGAACGUAAAAUUGCAAAAUUUGGUUACGAAAUGUUGUAAAAUACGGAAAAUGUUAAAUAUCGCCUUGCGAAGUUUGCAUAUUUUGUAUUUGUACUGCGUGCGGAAAUUGUUACUAUUUUUGAGCCGAAAAUGGUAACAAUUUCCGCACGUAAUACAAAACACAUACAAAAUUUGCAAACUUUGCAAGACUAUAUUUUCCAAGCUUUACAACUGAUUUAGCAAACAAUUUUACUAAUAUGUUUGCGAUGUUACUCUGAGUGCAUAUCCACACCGGGCGAGCUUGAAAAAUAUGCCCGGCCACGGUGGGAUUCGAACCUACGACCUUUGGAAUACUAGCGCAAUGCUCUUCCAGCUGAGCUACGCGGUCAGGACCGUUCGAGUAAGUGAUAUUUCGGAACAGUAUCUAGUUCCUUCAAUACCAAUGUGUUCUAGUAAUAUGAGUAAUAUAAUAGAGUAACAUCGCAAACAUAUUAUUCACCUGAGUACACAACACCAACACAAAAAAAAAAAAAAAUUUACUAAUUUCAUUAUGUUCUUUUUAGCUGUGGUGUUUGAUUACCUUCUGUUUACUUCGAUUAAAAUUUAGUCUAACAUGAGGAACAACACAUGUUUGCCUAAGUUGUCCAUUGACAAUAAUAAACUACUACUAAAUUUCAUACUGUCGACAGGUCUCUUUACCGCAGACAAAGACUUAUCAAGAUCUAGAACACAAGCAAGUAUAUAUACCCGUCAAAAUCCAAAGGGUACGCGGUAUGGAUUUGAAUGUCCCGAGGAACGUGAUUACUAUCCCUACUGGCAUCCGACGGAUUGGAUUGACAUUGCAGUGUUAGUUGACAAGAAAGCCGACUGUUCCUACUAUCAGACCGAGAGUUUUAACGUCAAACCGAAAGGUGAGUAUAUAUGCAAGCAUGGCAGGGGUAAUUAGAUAUUAGCAUUUAGUAUUUUUGCACAAGUGAAUAUAACAAAUCCUACAAGUUGAUUGGUCAAAUUUGACGUGUUAAGCUGUUUUAGUAUUUUUGCACAAGUGAACAUAACAAAUCCUACACGUUGAUUGGUCAAAUUUGACGUAUUAAGCUGUUAUAUUCACCUACAGGUGAAUAUAACAAACAAAACAGAAAUUUUCAAAAUGGCGGCCACCAGUUUUAUGGAAGUUUACUGACAAAGAAAUAUAAGCGAAAUUAAAAUAAAUUCAGUCUCAAAAAACACAAAAGCUUUUGUAAAAAUACUAAAACAAUUAUUCGCCUCAGGCUCGGUGAUUAUUGGGGAGUAUUCACCUCGACUUCGUCUCGGUGAAUAUUCCCCGAUAAUCACCGCGAGCCUGAGGCGAAUAAUUGUUAAAUAUUUAGAAAGGCUCAGGAGGUGCAUAUAGUGCUUUUCACGCAAUUUGAUUGGUUGCUCAUCUCCGGAUAUCCUAACAUUUUAUUGUGUAGGGGAAUGUAUGGAGAAAUACAGUGACGGAUCUUUCAAACACGAUUCAAAAUACAACAACGCUGCAGAGUGCCAAGGACAAUGGAUCGACUUUCACAAUUACUUGGAGAAAGCUCCGCAAAAUACACAAGGAAGCUGCGAAGCUGCAGGUAAUAAGUGGCUGUAUGCUUAUCGUUCCGAUGAAUACGAUCAAGAUAGAGGUGAAAUAAAGAAGAAAUGUGUGGUCCCACUGAAAAAGCCUGAAUGCCUCGUGGCUCCGUACUCGCGUUCUAAUCACCUUGGCAACGGAAAUGGCAUCACUCCUCUUACCUAUAAGUGGAAAUUGCCACACUACCCAUCUCAGAAGGAACAGAGAUGUUUUUUCCGAAUCAGGUAUGGUAUGCACUGAUUGUCGUGAUUUAGAACUAAAAUUGGAUGUGAUGAUUAUUAGUUAAAGGCACAGGUCAGCCUUUUGAAUGAUGGUUUUUAAGGCGCAUUUCAGCCUUUUUAAUUGAAAACACUAACUAGGAAAAUCAAUUAAGCAUCAUUCAAGAUCAAAUGCGCCUUAAAAACCAUCAUUCAAAAGGCUGAACUGUGCUUUUAAUGUCAAGUGGACACUGAAUCUGAAGGAAAAUGGCAAUGACUGAAGUCUAACCCGAAAAAACCUUAUACUUCAUCCGUCACCAAAGCAUUUAAACAAGAGAAGGUUAAAGUCAGCGUAGGUGAAAGAAACGGUGACAAUCAGACAUUCUGGGCGUUUUAACCUUUUAAUUGUCAGCUUUCAUUUGCAUAUUUAGUGUCUAAGACAUAAAUUAUCAGUUCCCUUGUACAUUGGAUUCCUUGCAUGCAUGGUAUAUUGGUAGGUUUACGCAUGUUUAUUGUUGCUGGAGUCAGACGUCAAGAUAAUGCAGUUCUUUGGCAUUAUGUAUAGGUUAUUUUGAGGCAACGAGGGGAUAUGUCAUUUAUUUACCGAGGCGCGCAGCGCCGAGGUGAAUAAACACAUAUCCCCGAGGUGCCUCAAAAUAACGUACUUAUUUUUCAUACUGCGAGGUCGCGUUAAUGAGUCAGAAAAGAAAGAAUUCUUAAUGCCAUAUUGCCUGCGCGAUGUUGUUUUUUCUCAUUUUUUGUGCUGCAAAACAUUGCAGGUGAAUAUUAGAGGGGAUUAUUAAUUGCAGGUGAAUAUUAGAGGGGAUUAUUAAACGGAAAUUGGUUAGAGGGGAAUAUUGAUUAUAUUCCCCGACAAGAACAAAGGAAACCGAGCAGGGUGAAAAAUAACAUGGGGCAACCCCUCCCCUCUGUACAUUGGAUCCCUUGGUAUUGGUGCAUUUAGGAAAUACAUUUCCUUUUAUACUACCUCUAAAAUAUACAAACUAACAUUUUGUCUGUUUUUAGAUACAACAUCUCAACGAACGACCCACUGUAAGUUUAUUAAUUUUUCUAUCUUUUGCCGCAAGAAAAUGGCGUAAAAUAAGAAAAGUUAGUUAAUUAGAUACAACGUUGAAGAGCUUAUAUAUGGAAUUUUCAAGACAUCUUAAAGUAAAUGUUUAUAAUCGAUCGGAAGAAAUUACAUUCACGACUUGACGUUUCUUAAUAUACACUCAUCAUUAUUACCCAACUCAGGGGCGACGGAACAGGGGGGGACUAGGGGGGCUGAAGCCCUCCCCCCCAGAAGUAAAAGUGGGUGGGGGGGUUAGCCACCCCCCCAGAAAAUUCUGUUUUUUCUGGAAAAACUCUGAUAAUUAAGAAAAAAUUUAGGGUAUUUUUUGAAAAUUUAGGUAUAAGGGGAAAAAUUUCCUAUAUUUUGUUUAAAAAUAGUGUAUGUCUGGAAAAAUUUUUUGUUAUAGGUCCGGAAAAAAUUUUUUCGUCCCUUUUCCUGUAUAUGUCCGGGGGUCGGGGGGGGGGAGGUCACGGAAAAAAAUUUAGCCCCCCCAAAAUGAAAUCUGUUCCGCCGCUCCUUACCCAACUAUAAGUAUACCGAACGUUCUAGGGUAAAAGUGUCUAAGAAUUAUUUAUAUUGUAGAAAUAAAAUAAAGACCAACCCAACAGUGAGACUUUUCGACAAGCUUCCUUUACAACUGGCCAUUAACACAGCACAGUUUGGAAGAACCUUCCAGGAUCGGUCACACAUGUUCAUAUUGAAACCAAGAACUAGAAAUGAUUUACCAAAUGACCUCAAUAUCCAUAAUGUCAACAUCAGAGGGAAAAGGGGAAAUAUUGUUCAAGUAUAUCCGGCUGUGGAAUAUGAUUUUGUGCCCAAAAGGUUGACGAUAUCCACCAAUGAUGCAAUUCACAUGGCCUGGACAGGUAAUAAAUCCAGGCGAAUGUUUUAUAUUAUUAUUAUAUGCGAUUAUAAUCAUUAUAAAUGUGAGUAUGGUGAUUAUGCUGAUGGUUAAUUGUGGUGAUUAUGAUGAUGAUAGCGGUGAUGAUAGUAAUGAUAAUGACGAUGAUCGUGUAUAAAUAAAAUCAUUAUUUCAUAAUGAUAGUGAUUUAUUGGUAAUGUUGAUGAAUAUACGAAUCUAAUCGGACUAUAUGCUUAUUAUCGUUAUUUUGUGUUUAGGUGCUAACACCAAUCCUAGGGGUAAUGCUGGGCAAGGAGCUGCUGGUAAGAGACGUGCAUGGAAAAUUUACUCGGCAUUUACUUACCAAGUAAAAGUUUCGGUUAUUCUAUUAACUGUGAUUUAACUAAUUAUCUUCCAGGAACGGACAAAAACAAUUUCGUCCAAAUGAAUAAUGCACCGUACAGUUUCCCCGUGCCGUUCGGCUCAGCCAUGCUCAAGUCGGCACAAGUCAUUCACAAUUUCGUUGGUAGAUCCAGAAGCUACAAAGACGUCGAGGCAAGCUUGGCAUCGUCAGGGUACUACUCGACCGUUGAAGAAAAGGGUAGAAAACGAACGUUGGACGACGAGUUGAACAACGCCAGCCCUUCGUUCGCUGGUAUCGUGAUGAAAUGGGCUAAUCAAGGAACGUACUACUACAUGUGCACACGAAAUAACAAUUUCACCAACCGAAGUCAGAAAGGUCGCCUGAUUAUCAAGAAUCAAAGUGGUUAAAGCAUUUGUGAUGUACCGUAGAUCCUUCAAUACUGAGUUUGGCAAACACAACGGCAACGUCAAUGAACACGUAAUCAAUAAUCAUCAACAAUAGAAUUUUCUUUUAAGACAAAGGCGACUAUAAAUUGUAUUCCCUUGAGCAUUCUAGUACGUCAUAGGUGUUGUUACAUUAUACUUUGGUUCGCAUGCAAAAGUAAUUUUGUUUUCUGCCGUUGUUGGUUGCCAAACUCUCUAUUAAGUCACCCUCUUCUUGAAAGAAGAAAUUUGUUAAACAUACUCCUCUCUAUUCAGCAUCCCAUCUCUCUUCACAAACAAAACACAUCUGAAUACCUAGCAAGAUUACUUAAAAGGCCUCAAAUUUUACGUUAAUUUGCAGUGUUGCGUACUGCGUUUUGGCUAAAUCAGUAAUCCCCCUCCUCUUUCCAACAAGCCCGCCUUUAAUCGUGCGGUGACGCUUAAUAAAGGAUUUACGGUAUAUAUGCAAAUUGCCACACUAGUCAUUAAUAUUUUGACUCAAUUAUCAAUUACCUUAGCUUUAGCAAUUAUAUAUGCACUGUAAUGCAAGAUCGAUGCAGAUUAUAGUAAUAGCGGAACGUUCAUAAUUUAUACCUGGGGUAAUUACUGAAGACAGUGUUCAUCCAACUUCAAGAGGAUAUUGGACCUUUACUGCAUGCAUGGUGAAUCAAAAGUAGUAUGAAAAUUUAAGAUAAAACAAUGCCAUGCAGUUCAGUGUGAUGCUAUAACAAUGUUAUUAUAAAAAGGAAUUCUCCUUUUAAAUGCAGACUGCUUGCAUGAAGACGACCAUGAAUUUCAAGAAAACUAUAGUCCGACAUUAUUUUUGAGAUUAGCAAGCAUUUGCCUUCGCUUGACUAUAUACCAAAACUUCCAUAAAGUUCAAAGUAUUGACACUCCGGAAAAUUCUCUUUGGUAUAAACCUCAGGCAUAAUAAUGAAUGAUCAAUAAUGUUCUAUGCGGUUGUAUAUAUUUAACUGUAUAUUUUUAUUUUUGUGGGAUCAAAAUUCUAAAGGCUCUCUAUAACUUGGAUCUAUCUCAUUAGCAUAAGCAGCGUUCCACUUGCACAAAUGAACACUUUUUCUGGAAUGAUCGGACGUCACUGGAUGAACUUUCCCAAAUAUUAAGUGUUCUUUUAAUACAUUUGGAGUGUAUAGCAACUGAUUGUAUAUGUAUUUUAUACAAUGUUAGUUUAAGUACCGAUUGCACAGAACUUUUAAAUCUAUAUCACAUAAUGUGCAGAAAUAUUCACUUUUUGCAACCAAUUUUUUAUGCUUUAACACCAAUAAAAGUAAGUUCAGUAUAUGUAAUUGUAUGUAUAAAAUAUAAAUUCUGUAGGAUGAAUGUCUCAAUAUACAUACUUACGUAUUUUGGUUAUUGUUUCUGUUUUACAAUUAACGUAGUGGCUGCAUGGAAAAUUAGCUAGUAUAUGGGUAUCGAUCUAAUAUGAACACUUUUUCUGAUUGAUCUUCUGAACCAAAAGUUAAAAAACUAAACUUAAAAUAAAUUGGUAUAUAUAUAUAUAUAUAUAUAUAUAUAUAUAUAUAUAUAUAUAUACACAUAUAUAUAUAUAUAUAUAUAUAUAUAGCUUAAGAUUUUGGUUUACGAAACACAAACAGUGCUCAAUACCAUAUAGAUAAAGCGUAAUAUAGUUUUCCGUUUUACCUCAAAAAACCACAACAGUCUGUUUCAUCCGUAUAGGAAUUAUAUAUAUAUAUAUAUAUAUAUAUAUAUAUAUAUAUAUAUAUAUAUAUAUAUAUAUAUAUAUAUAUAUAUAUAUAUAUAUAUAUAUAUAUAUAUAUAUAUAUAUAUAUAUAUAUAUAUAUAUAUAUGCUGGCCUACAAGAAGGGAUAUUUUACCACCAAUUAUAAAAUCAAUCAUAUAUAGAAUGGUUAGCAUUCGCAAAAAAUCAACUAAUGUGACGGGGUUGUAUAAAUUGUAGUUUUUUACCUGAUGAUGGAGUAAACUCGGAAACGUACUAAAUUAAAUUAAAAAUUUAAGCCUUGUUAUUGGUCAUUAUAAAAAAACAAAAGAAUUGUAUAACCGUAAACGCGAGAAAUCGUUAAGAAGUUAGGAUUGUAUUGUUUGACGAUUUUUCAAAAGUUUAAUAUUUUCAAUAUUAAAUUGCUCCAGGAAUCUAAGCCGGAUACCAUGGCCUACCAUCGCUGGCUCCAAAAAGGACAAUUAUUUAACAUUAUUUCUAUAAAGGACUUUUCAUACAGAACAGAGUGAGUAAAAAAAACUGACAACUUUGUUAUUCAAAUUAGCCGCGAAGGUAUUAGUUCUUUUUACUCAGCCUGCAUGUAUAACAAUAAUAAAUUAUUUAUUGCCAUGCAGUCACAACGCAGUGAUUGGGAUCCUUCAUUGUCCUUUCAUUGUUUGGAAAACCCCACUGUUCUUCAUGCCAUCAUGCAUGAGUCACUGUUGUUUUGAAUUUAGCAAUUGAACAACGUCCAAUCGGUUAUAAAAUCUACUGCUUAUUAAGUACCAGGUGAAUGUUUAUGCCUAUAAGCUCUGCGUGAUCAUGACCUUCUAUUAUGCUAUCUACUUAACAUAGUGACAUUUAACGUUUCACGUUAUAAUUGCUUUCAACUGCUUGAAUUCAUGCAUUAUUUAGCUAUUGUCUUAAUAAAAACGGCAAUUCCCCAAGGACGCCCAAAGAAUGCACCAAUAAGCUUUGCAUAAUUUCAACCAAUGAUAGCUAGGUAUAUUCUCGCGUGUUUUGUUGUUGGAAUUCACUCAGUCGCUUCUGCCAUGAGCCGUGGCAGUGAAAUGGAUCAAUCUGGUGGAUUUAAAAUCAAACUAAAGUACUAUAUAUGAGCAGUUAGUAUUCUCAGCAGUUUUUGAUGUUCUAUGUCUUCUGCGUGGUUGUGCUCUAAGUCGAUCUCAAACAGGUAUAAUGUCGUACUGUUGUAGUUUGUGUGAAUAUUGUGAUUAAAUUUUGUCCCAAAUGUAAAUGGCCGCUCGCUCAAGACGAAGUCAAAGACCGACUGCAUGUUGACUAUAUGUUCCCAGUUGCAAACGAAAAUCAUUGAAUUUGACAUUAAUCGUAGUCUCUCACGGCUGCUAGGUUUUACAGCGCUUUUGAAUACUUUAUCUGUGAUUUUUAUCCAGUUUUUAGUAAGUAAAAUUAAACUCGUGUUGUAUGGACGAAUCACCAUACGACAGGACUCACGAGUCAAAUAACUUGUGUCAAAAUGAUUUUAAAUUGAUCUUGAUUCCUAUUCUAACAUAUUCUAAACAGCUUUAAUUAAGUUAAGAGUGUUCCCCAACGAGUUCUUGGUGAAAUUCGAGUGAUAUUCUGUCGGUAAAAAUUUCAGUAUGAGCUCCACCUUUAGUAUGAGUGAAUUCGCGACACAUGUCGAGCCCUAACGCUAACCCUAACAUAUAAUCUUAAUCUAACCCUAAUCUUUAUCUGACACUAAUCUAAACUUGAUGACCUCAGUUUUUUUUUACGGUAGAACUCAUGUUGCAAAAUUUGUAUAUAGGCUAUAUAUAGGGAAUGCCAUUAUAUAUGUAAGGUGUCAAAAUGUGCUGAUAGUUGGCGAUUGCCCUCUAUAUUAUACACAUCGAUGACAAUGAUUAGGCUAGGGAUAUUAAAAAUAAUCAUAAUUAGGUUAAUAAGUCGAGUCAUAAAAUAAUAAUUACUUAUAAAUGUACGAGUUGCAGCUCGAGUUAGAAGAAUUUCGGGCGGCAAAAUGCGCUUAUAAUGCAUAGGGCCGUCAUGACUUUAAACUGCGAAGAUAUAUGAAUGUUGAUAGGAUAUAGGAAUGUAAAAGAAACACAAAUUACUGUUUAUAAACAUGCUUGCAUGGUAGAGAUAGAACGAAUUUCGAUGUGCGAUAUACCAUUAGGUUGCGAAACGCGCUGAUUGGGCGUGCAUGCAUGCCCGAAUUUAUCAAUGUGAUCAUAGAUUAUGGGAUGUUAAUUUGAUUGUGGGAUUAUAGAUUUGUGAAUACUACAACAUGAUUUUGAAAACAAAUCUGGACUAGUAUCAAAUAAAGAUUAGAUUAGGGUUAGAUUUGGUUAGAUUAAAAUUAGAGGUUUGGGGUUAGGGCUCAGGCAACAUGUUCGCGAAUUUAUCAUAUUGAUAAAUUCGGAAGUGUUUACAAUUUACUCAUAUAGUAAAUUCAAAGGUGCUGGAAUACUAACAAAGUAAACAAAUAAAUUCAUUGUACAAGUACGUUAAAAUAUUCGCAGCUGAUCUUCAUGGGGGGUUCGAGUCACUGAGGUUCGAGUUUAUAACGUAUACGAGAUUGGACCUGCAUGGUACCGGGAUAAAUCCACCAUUGUAACAAUCUCCGAUACGGGUUUGCACCUAACUAAAACAUCCGAGGACCAUUCACCUUAGGGGUAUGAAUACUCCGUACGGAAUAAGUGCGCCCCAUAGAUAAAAUGCAUGCAGUGUAUAUAAUAUUCAUGAAGAUACGUUCGUAUAUACCCCAAGUCGUAAUAACCAAUCUCUAUGUCUGGCUUAUUAACAAUAGUAUAUCAAUUUAGGAUAUAUGAAUAACCUUUUAUGACAUAUAAUAAAUAUGUAGAAUACUGUAUUGGACUGCUGCAAUUUGACAGUAUUAAGUAUUUUUGAAUUAAAUUUGGCAUUAGUAUAUAACUGGAUUAUAAGACUCGUUGCAUCUGUGCGAUAUAUAGCCUAAAUAAUAGAUAAUUUUAUUAUUCAUUAUUGACAACAAGCCUUAUAUUCUAUAAAUGGUAAUAAACUCGAGGUUUAUAAACACAAUACAGAUAUAUCUAUAUGGAGAUAGUGAUACGUAUUGUUUACUUGAAAAUAAGAACAUGUGCUUCACACCACAUUUGAUUGCUAGUUCUGAACUACAUGUAAAUUUAUUUAUCUUCCAACUAAAAUAAACACGGAUUUUCCAAUUAUAAUCGUUUUGUUUAAAAUCUUCUGGUUUUACCUUACAAGAAACCAGGGCCUAACUAUAAGGCUUAAGUGCAUUAUGUUACAUUAUGUAGGACCGUGGGCGUAUUAGCGGUAUACAGGAUACAAUAAACACCGGUAUAUCCUCCAAAAUGGCACUGAAUGAUUGAGUGGUUAGAAUUCAAAACUUUGUAUAACCUUAUAGAGGUCCUUGAUAAAUGAUUGAGCAUUGUUAUUGUUCGUGACUAUAUUGUCUUUGUCUACUGUAUUUUUAACUUUCCCCACGCAUGCAAUAUGUUGCCCCAAGGUCCAUGCUCAGAAGGAAAAUGUUCAAUGCAAAUUUACUUAAUCAAAAACCUUAAAACACUUUUAUUGAUAUGUGAAUAGCUUCAUCCAGAUGUAUAUGGCACAAUAUGAAUUUUGUAAUAAUUUACAGAAUUUAUGGUCUCUCCCCCCUGUCAGAUCAUGCAAUUAAAGUAUACACUGUAGUCUUUCAAUUCCAAACACUGAUUGUAUAAGUAUAUAAAGAACAUUGUUCAGCAUAGCAGGUAACUUGUGUAUACACUGGAAUGAGCGUGGUUACGGCUUUAUUUGCGGUGUUAUGUAAUCGUGGGUUGACAUGUAAGCACCACUGUGUAGCUUCUAUGACAACAGUGCACAAAAUACCUGCAUGAAAAGAGUGGGCUUAAAAGAGGCAGGGCCAACCUUCGCGUCCCUGCCCCCCCCCCCCCCCCCCGCUAUUAACAGGUAAUGGAGUAAGGUAUCCUGUAGUAUCAGCCCGAAUUCUUGCGGUUCAGACUGUUACUUAUUCAAUUUUAAGACUACCUUCCAAAUGCAUUCAAAUUUAAAAUAUUUACAUCAAUAAGGGUUUUACGUUGUUCACGUAUACUUUGCUAUAAACAUCCUAGGAAAUUCAAACUGAAAUUUAUUACAUAUCAUGAAGUUUUCAACUCCAUAUUGCAUACAUCGCAUAUAGUAUUAUACGAAGUUAUUCCAUGCAUGCAUGCAAUCAGUAAAACUACGUGAGUGGGUAUAGCUUUAUAGCUAAAAGAUUAGUUCCUAUGGUGCUUUUGUUGCCCCCCAACUGUUUUUUUUUAAACAAGAAGUUUUUUUCAAUAUAACAGACACAGGUCAAAGGUGGAUACCCGGCUAACGGUGAACAAUGCUGUUCGCGAUUUGUAAUUAACAUGUAUGAGUGGGUAGGAAGUUAUAACUAGAAAAAUCGCUCCAAGGGUGCCUUUGUAUCCUGCAAUGUAGUUUUUCAAAGCUUUUCAAUUGCAGUGAUAGCUCCAAAACUAGGCGGAUAUCUAACAGUAAAUAAUGUGAUUCGCGUUUUGUAAAGGCCAAACAGUUUGGGGGUCGCAUACAGUAAAGAUGGCGUUCAAACCAAAGGCCUGUUUAAGUUUUGGCCUCCUAUUUACGCAGGUUAUUUUUUGGCAUGCUAAUGCCGACGUGUAUAUGCACAAUCCAAGAGGAUCCAAUAACAGACUGAAUGAACAAAACGUGAACAGAGCUAACAACAACAGAUUGUUUGAUUCACAGGUACGUCUAUAUGACUGACAUAUACAGUAUAGUAUAUACUGCAUGUAUAUACAGAUGAUGCAGACAAACUUCUCUAAUAUGCCUAUAUAUAUGGGCAUUAAGGGGACAGAACAAAAGCCAAUGUUGCACUACAUUAUACAUUCGAGUUAGUCCAAUAUACACACGUACAGACACCGCGGCACAAGUUAUGGCAAACCUCUGUGCAGCAGACUUGUUAACAAGUUAGUAGAAACGGAUUGUUGCAAACUCGUUACAAGUUUGUUAUCUCAACGGACUUGUUAUAUGUUAAUUGUUAUCGUUCUGCAAUUAAUCAACAACUGUUAUUAAUAACACUGAAAUUCCGCACGCCGCGUACUUUAAUUUGCCAAUUUUUCCAUCACGAAUCCGCACUCGUACACAACCUAGUGUAUACCAUAGGUACAGUUAAAAAAUUGGCAAAGUUGAUGCAGACAAGCAAAAUAAAACUUAUCAUAUUAAAACUUGUCAUAUAGAAAACUUGCUCGUAACCGGCGUUAUAAUAUAAAUUUCGAGUCCCUCAUAUAUACAUGCACAAAGUAGAAUUUCAAUUUUUCUUCUCUGCAUAUUUAAUAAUAGUUCAAUUGGUAUAGGACUGAGGCCUUUAGUUAUAUAGUGUACUAAAUGACCAUGUCUCUAUAUGGCCCUACAAAGGCACUUUUCAUGUACAGAUAAGUCGUCGAUGAUAUUGGAUAAAUCAUUAUGAAUGCAUGUUAUUCCUUCGUUAAUAUAAACACGGUUUGGGACAGAGCAAUCAUAAAUGCCACCAAUAUAUAUUAUUAAAAAAAUAGGUCACUUUAAAUAGCCCAUUUUUAGGUAUUCAGUACCUAACUAUGCCAAGCAUUUUAGUUUUCUACCGAUUUUUUGGAAGAUGAUUGAGGUUUAGAAGGAGAACAUGCACUACCCCAUUUCCACCAAAACCUUGGCCAGUUUUCACAACAGAGAUAGCGCUAUAUCUAUACCGGAUAUUGAUUCAGUUUCAAGCUUUCUUGAAUUGGUCAUUGGCUAAUAUAAACUAUAGAUUAAACUUUAGUAUAUAAAAAUUAAAGUGUCCUUUUGUUACUGAUCCAUAUUCGUAAUUUUGUUACUUUUCAAGCAUUUUUACAACGACUGCCCGAUAAAAUCACUACCCAAUGGAUAUAACUAAAGCUAUCCUACCUUCGUAUAAUUACCGACCUCUGUGUAAUAAAUAUCUGUACUUUAUUUUAAAGAAUAAUAACCGUGGUGGUUACAAUGUUGGGGAAAGAUAUGCUGCUACACAGAGGAACAAUCAUAAUCACCAAUAUGAAAUGGUAAGUUAUCUUGCUUAAAAUAGCGAAUAGUAUGCACUUAAUAUCUGUCUUAGGUUUUAUGUGAAUUCUGAUAAGAAAAGUUUUAGUUAAAAAUGUUAAACGUUUUUAUUAAAAUCGAGCUUUCGCGGACUAAACGCCCAUCGUCAGGAUAAAUAUGGUGAAUGUUAAUCUUAUCAUUAGGAUAAAUAUAUAUGGUGAAUGUUAAUGAUCAGGAUAAAUAUGGUGACUGUUAAUGAUCAGGAUAAAUAUGGUGAAUGUUAUAACCAUCAGGAUAAAUAUGCAGGUGAAUGUUAAUCAUCAGGAUAAAUAUGCAGGUGAAUGUUAAUCAUCAGGAUAAAUAUGGUGAAUGACUGAAUGUUAGUCAUCAGGAUAAAUAUGGUAAAUGUUAAUGAUCAGGAUAAAUAUGGUGAAUGUUAAUGAUCAGGAUAAAUAUGGUGAAUGUUAAUGAUCAGGAUAAAUAAGGUGAAUGUUAAUCAGGAUAAAUAUGGUGAAUGUUAAUCAUCAGGAUAAAUAUGGUGAAUAAUGUUAAUGAUCAGGAUAAAUAUGGUGAAUGUUACUGAUCAGGAUAAAUAUGGUGAAUGUUAAUCAUCAGGAUAAAUAUGGUGAAUGUUAAUCAGGAUAUAUGGUGAAUGUUAAUCAUCAGGAUAAAUAUGGUGAAUGUUAAUGAUCAGGAUAAAUAUGGUGAAUCUUACUGAUCAGGAUAAAUAUGGUUAAUGUCAAUCAUCAGGGUAUAAAAUAUGGUGAAUGUUAAUCAGGAUAAAUAUGCAGGUGAAUGUUAAUCAUCAGAAUAAAUAUGAUGAAUGUUAAUGAUCAGGAUAAGUAUGGUGAAUGUUAAUCAUCAGGAUAAAUAUGGUGAAUGUUAAUCAUCAGGAUAAAAUUAAUAUGGUGAAUGUCUUCUCCCGAGGGAAAUAGUUCUGAGCGUACAAAUCAAACUCUUUAAUUUGCAUUGACUUCCAUGGCUCUUACUCUCCAUUCAUGCGUAAUAAACACCGUAUAAUAAUAACAACCCUUUAGGGAGCAUUCAUUUUUUAGCUGGGGUGGGGGUGGGGUGGGCCGGAGGAACUGAUGUCUAAUUCCAUGCGAAAACUUGGAACCCCCAAGACAAUAGUUGAUAAAAAAUUAUGACCCCCUAUUUUUUUACUGAAAAUUUUUUGACCCCUCAUCCUAACUAUUAAUCCACACGGUGUCGUUUCCAUAGCGUUUCAGGGCCAUAGGAAGCUCUUUUUGAUUGGGGGGCUGAAAGCGAGGGCCGAAGGCCCGAGGAAAUUUUUAAAUCUAGAGUCUCUUAAAUGCCAUUUCCUGGCCUUUGUGGGAAGAUUUGACAGAAUUCUGAUGGUCAGAAAACAGCGUUUUAGUAUGUCGAAAUUGACAAUUUGGUAGUACUAAAUGGGCGAAGGCGUAUUUAAUUUACUAUAUAUUGGAUAAUUAGGGUAAGUUGCAAGAAACUGUGGGUACUAUUUUCAUUCUUUGCAGUUUGUCAUGGAUAAUGUAGCCGCUUAAAAUUAAUAAAGCUUAAAAUUGAUCAAGGUCUGCAUGAUUUUGAAGUCAUGCAGACCUUGAAAUCAUGCAUGAUUUUGAAAUCAUGCUACGGUCCUGCGUUUUCUUUCAUUCAUGUUUUCACACAAAUACGGAUAAAAACGAGGUCAAUUGACGAAUGUCAUGGAAAUGUUUUCCUAUGGACUGUGUGAACAGAGCGUCAAAUGAAUUUUGCUUCUUUGUUAAAGAUGACGAGAUAGUUGAUAGAUUCUGGACCUUUUUACCAUUCUUGAUCCAAAUAUUUCCAAAUUCAGUAAAAUCAUAUUGGUGAUUUUUUCACCGAUUAUUUUUAUGACCCCCUCCAUUUAUACCAAAACUAUAAAAAUACCCACCCCUUUGAAGCAUGUCAAAAUUGGCUGACCCACCCCCAAAUUCCUCCUGCCCACCCCCAGCUAAAAAAUGAAUGCUCCCUUACUUUAAUAAACGCCCAGGCUUCGUGUAUGCAGGUAAUUUGUUAGAUAAGGGGCGUGUAAUAGAGAUUGGCGCCUAUAAUAAACUCUUGGGCUACUGGGGUACUUACUGUAGAGAGCGGGUGUUUCAUGAUCAUUUAUGGUAUAGGAAUUCCUGAUGAGUGGUCCGAAAGGACAGUCAACUGAACGAAAGGGAAAGUCUUUCCUCACAGUGGAAUGGACGAAUCAGCAUGGCUGCGGUGAUGAUGAUCUCAACUGUAACAUUGUCACACAAUACAUGUGCCAACCACAACAGAAUAUUGGAGACAGAGAUUCGAUACGAAAUGGUAUGUAUUGUAUUAUAAUGACAUAUAUUCAGGUAAUAAUAAUCACGCAAUUAGCAAAAAUAACGGACAGCAAAGGCUGCAUGUUAGCCCCCCCCCCCCUCUCGUCCUUCUAGCCCAUACGAAAGGGAUGCUAAGAGAGUGCUUCAUACCAUAAAUUUAAAGGAUAUACAGAGAGAAAAUAUAACAUAGAUUGUCUCAAAUCCUCACCAUAUACCGUCGCUUUAACUCUAUUGCGUCCCAAUACGGUUGCAUGUGUGUGUGCGGUUGCAUGUGUGUUUGGUUGUGUUUUAUUCCAUAUGUCUUUGCAAGGUGUGAACACGCAAACACCGCCAGAAAAUGGAGCGAAUGCUAAUACUGGUCAACACGAGCAUUGGCAGUGGUAUGACAAAUGUAAAACAAGAACACGUAACAAAGGUAAAUUUAUAUUAUCUUUUAGUAUUAUUUAUCCUAGCCCGACAAUUUAUUUAUUACUCUGGUUACUGUAAAUACCUUCAUGUCAUGAUCAGCAUCAAUAUGUCGCUGCUAUCAACAUCAUCCUGUCCAGUAAGUCACGGCAUCAUUCAACAUUCAGAAUUGUUAUGUUUAAUAAUAUGUGUAUAAUAAUUAUUACUAAUUAUAUUAUAUUAUAUUUAAUUUAUUAUAAUUCUGAGUGUCGCAAUCGGGGUAUCGUGGUUAGAGGCUUAGAGCCCUUGUAUGGUACGUUACACACCAGGGAACUUCGGUCGGAACCCCAGUUGGGACGCUCAGAAACCUAACUUUUAGUAUCACCAGAUGAUCUGACUCUAUUUAGAAAAGAAUCGGCGACACUCUACACUCUUUACGACAACUGACAAACAAGCAAUAUUCACUUAACCUUUUUCGAUACAACAUUAUUGAAUAUAUUGUUGGGUCUCUUUGAGGGUUUGAGUAGAUUGUGUUUGGUGAUGUUGGCUGAGAUUGGAAGAUGUUUGAACGAGAACAAAUUUGUUUAAAAAUUUUCAUUCGAAAUAAUCCAUUUAUAAUUUUCAGGGUUGUUCCUCGCAGACCAACGACUGAGGGGAAGCACAAGUAAAUACACACGUCAAAACCCGAAUGGCGGUCGUAGUGGUAACGAGUGCCCCGAAGAACGAGAUUAUUAUCCAUACUGGCAUCCGACUGAUUGGAUAGACGACUCAAUUUAUGUGAAGCGACAGGAGGAUUGUGCUUUUUAUGAAGCAGAAAGUUUUAAUCGCCAACUGAGAGGUAUUGCUCAGUGCUAUUGUGUAUCGUUAGAUAUAUUUAUUUAUUUAAAACGGAAUUUUUGACAUGGCUAAAACGGAAUUCUCGAUUUUGGAUAUAUUGGCUAAAAGCCAACGAUAAAAUAAUCAUAACAACGAAUGGCUAACAUACGGGGUUGUUGACAUCAAUGAUGUAAUAUGAGAAAAAAUAUUGCACGAUUGACGUCAAUGCGUGUGAUAUGAAAAAGAUUAUUGCACGCUAUAACGUCAUGCCAUUCAAUACAAUGUGACUUUACGAACGUCUGUGGCUUUCCUUCAGCCACUUGUUGACUUGUCUUGACAUCAGUAUUGUACAUUAUGACAUUGAUAUUUAAUGAACAAGACUCGGCAAAGGAAAUCAUGAAGAAAGCUUCAAGAUUAACUGACACGAAAACUUGCUCAUCAUUCUUUAACAGAAUCGAAAAAUAAUAAUUUAAUAAAUUUAUACGUCCUGUUUCAGUCCAUAAUAUAUCCAUUCAGGAUGUUUUUAUUUUUCGGGUUUUGGUUAUAUACAGUACUUCAUCAGUUGUCUGCUUUUUUACUACAGCUAACUUGCUUCUCUUUUAAGGUGAAUGCUUGGAGAGAAGGGGUUCACAAUUCAACUGGAAGUCUGAACAUAACAAUGAAUGGGACUGUACUCGUGGGGGCGGCCAAUGGGUGUCGAUGAGCAAUUUCGUGGAAAUACAUGAGACGAGUAAGUCGGAGCAACAAUGCGAUCAGUAUCAAAGGGCUAAUCCAGAUAUCCGCACUCGUUGGGCGAUUCCGUAUCGGUCAGCUUCGAUUCGAUACAUGAAUACUAAUCUCGGAGAUUCUGCUAAAGCUUGUUUAAUUCUUCCUCCUAAACUCAAUUGUAAAGUGGCGCCGACGUCACGGCCUAAUCACCUUGGUAACGGCGAAGACGUAAUUGCCUUAAGGCAUCAGUGGAUUUUACCGUAUACUUCCACUGGUCGCACUUUGAGAUGCGUUUAUCGAAUAAGGUACUGUAUAUAUCAGACAAUCAGGUCAAUUUUAAUAUGUAAUAUUUUACACAACGUUUCCUAACUGCGAGCUGGACGACCUGAAAUGAGUUGGUCACCAGUUCAACUAGGAGUCUAUAGGACUCAAUGUCAUGACCUGACCUACAGACUCGAUGAGUCAACCAGAUCUUGGCCGAGCACUAGCUUUGUACGAAUAGUUGAUCAUGCACCAGUCCAUCAGCAGCUAAAUGCUUGAGUUGCGAAACAUUUUCGACCUUGUGGCGGAAUUUAUUGUAUGCGUAUUGUUUUUGCUAUUUUUGUGCUUUUGAAUAAUUCUCUAGGUACAAUAUCUCGACAGACGACUACAAUGUCUCCAACACAUUUGCAGCAUCAAAUGAACGCAAACGGUGAGUACCAUGACCUAUCGAAAGUUACGGCAUUUUAAUUAUUUGUAAACAAUAAACUGUUAUUAUUUGUGAACGAAAGUAGUAUAGCAACUCCCCAGAAGUAAGACCAUCCGAAAGUAAGACGAUUUAAACAUUUCCCAAAAGUGGCGCCCUCGCAAAAUUAGCAAUCCCUGGGCUGAAAGUGGCUCCCAGUAGCGUCGCGAAGGGAAGGGGAACCCCUCCCCCCAAAAAAAAAAAUGAACUGGGCCCUAAUGUUCUGUGUGUAUAUUUAUCUUUCAGUAAUAACAUAAUAGUUAACCAAUCUCCGAUCGAGAACAACCCUAUAGUCGAAUACGGCGAAAGUGCAAUUGAUUUGCAACUGGCGAUCAACACAGCACAAUUUGGCCGCACGUUCCAAGACCGCUCCCAUACCUUUCUACUGAAACCUCGUCCUGCUAACCUGAACGACAAAAUUAUUCACAAUAUAAAUGUCCGUGGAAAGCGUGGAAACAUUGUGCAAGUCUAUCCAGCUGUAGAGUACGAUUUCAUUCCGAAGCGAGCUACGAUCAGGUCAACCGAUUGGGUCCAUAUGCAAUGGACAGGUACUGUACAGUAUUCAAGACUCAAGAGGGGGCAAUAUAAUAGACCUUUCCCCUUAUGAGUGAAAUUUUGAUCUAGAUAUGCCUGGACAACAAUUUCAUAUCACAGCUUGAAAGAGCAUCACAAAAUUAGUAAUAUUCCGAAGUUUCGUUGCGAAAUGUUGUAAAAUGCGGAUAAUAUAGCCUUGCGAAGUUUGCCGUUUUUCAGUCAUUUUGCAUUACAAAUUAAAUUGAUAAUCAGAUGAUCAAACUGAUUAUCAAUUUCCCAUUUGUAAUACAAAAUGACUGAAAAACGGCAAACUUCGCAAGGCUAUAUUAUCCGCAUUUUAUAACAUUUCGCAACAAAACUUCGGAAUAUUACUAAUUUUGUGAUGCUCUUUCAAGCUGUGAUGAAUUUUUUGUCCAGACUUGUCUAGAUCAAAAUUUCACUCAAAAGGGGAAAAGUCUAUUUGUUCAGGGCUCCCUGCUAGGUAGUCCCAAAUUAAAAUAAAUUGGAUUGUAUAACAGGGCUUUCAAAAUCAUAUUGAGGAAAUGGUUGUGGUGAGAAAGUAUAGGCUGAUGAAUGAAUCAUUUUACUGGAAGAAUAAUAACUGCCAUUUCGAGUAUAUAGUCGAUCAACAUUUUCAGUUGUUUGCAUCAUCAAUUUAUUGUAAUCAUCAGAAAUUCACUGCAACGAUUAGAAAUCGAGCUUUUGGUGGUUUGGGUUGGAAAAGGAAAAUAGAAGAUACCUAUGGGACAUGUAGUAUAUAUAUUAGAGACACUAUAGAGAUCCAUUAGAAUACGGAAAUCCCAUUGACUAUAUAACCGGAUCCAUAUUAUAAUGUCAAAUUUCUCUUAUUGAAACAGGUUCAAACAGAAAUCCUAAUAAUUUCGACGGUCAAGGCAAAGCAGGUUAGUACUGCUUACAGUAAAGUUAGAUAUGGAAGAUUAAUAGGAUAAAGAAGGUUAGAUAAGGAAUUUUUGAUAAUAGAAUUAGUUCGGAGAAAUUCUCUGUAAAACGUUGUCUAUGAAAGAUCCAAUUGACCAAUCACGUACGAUUUUGGUCGAAUACCGUAUUGUAAUUGGCUGAAACAAUUGCUAGCUAAAAAAGCAUAGGCAAAUUGCAUGAGCUCCACUAAAUUAUCAAACUGCAUGUACACAAACUUACAUGCUCGAUUUUUUCACCCUGGGUGAAAUAGUGUACCUACAUGCAGUGACUGCAUGAAAAUUUUGAGCAAAUUUACUCAAUUUUUUAGUUAAGUUUCAAAUGUGCUCACUUUACUUCCUCACCCCCCAAAAUGAGUAACUUUGCUCAUGUAAAUUUGCAAGAUAUACUGUAAACUCCCUUGUUUGAAACAGGAACAGACCGAAGUAACAUUCUUCAGAUGUCUGCUACGGAUGAGAGCUAUCCCAUGGUCAAAGCUGGAACUUUGGUUGAAAAUGCACAAAUUGUUUAUAAGAUGGAUCCUGCAUCGGGAACUACAACCGCAGACGACCUAGCUGUUAUGAUGGCUAGCGCUUGUAAGUUUAAAACGAAAGCAGAAAUGUCUAAUUCACGCGAAGUGCCAGGUGAAAACGACCGAAAUUACGAAAAAUAUUCCUUGCUCGACUAUUUCUCGCCAUCCUGUUCGCUGCCCCUGAUCCAAUUGAACAAAGGAACAUACUUCUACAUGUGCACACGUAAUAAUAAUUUUUCAAAUCGCAGCCAGAAAGGUAGGAUCAUCGUCAAAUAG